CGAAUUCACAUGUGCAGGUCAGGAGGACCACAACUCGACACCUUCGCCCACGCUCGGGCCAUCUGUACCACACCCCUUCAUCAUGGCCCUCGAUGAGGAAGAGUCAGUGCGUAUCGCCGUGCGCGCUCUCGGCGAUAUGAGGAACGGCGGCCAUGUAUCGCCCUCGACGUCUUUCCAGCCCACCCCAGCUCUUUCCGUGACAUCCGGGAGCUCCUCGCCAUCUUUGCCUUCUCCCUCGCUGGAUGGAGACUAUCGGGCGCUCGAUCCCGUAAUUGGAAGCGAUCGCCGCGCGGAUGGUCGCCAGAGCGAGGAUGCGGACUUUGUCUCUCGCAUGUCUAAAGUGCCUAUCGUGAACAGCGCGAUCCGCGUGUAUGAGCAGAGUAAAGCGAGUUCUAGGGUUGUCAAGUAUGGCGCGAGGAUGAUGGAGUCCUCUGUGAAGACAAUCUCUCGUCCAGUUAUCGAUCGUCUUCCUGUCAAUCAGCUAGACGAGUUUGCGUGCAGACAGCUCGAUAGGAUCGAAAAUUAUACGCGUAGGACUCCUAGUCGGGAUCGCGACCGUGUUUCGCGGAGUCCCUCUAGUGCAUCAAGUCGGAGCUCGGAGUCAUGGGAUGUGAGAGAUCUUACCGCGCCUAGAGGCCCAAGUCACAGCAGGGAAGACGAGCGCUGCAGUCGAUGGGAAGAUGGUCCUCAGGCAUCUGCGGCGAGGCGCGCGGAUAGUCGUACACCGACUCCGCACUCGCAGCUAUUCUCACGCCCGUAUUCUGACGGACAGUCUGCAUGGGACAACAAUACUACGUCGCCUCAGCAGUCGCGUCGGUCCUCUUCUACCACUCAGCCUGAGAAUCAACAGGUCGCUCAGCGCAGCCGAUGGCAGGCUAUGCUGCUUGAGGCGGGUGGUAUCAGCGCAGCUGUCAGCGACGAGAGUAUGCGCCGGCUGCGAUAUGUACUGCAAUGGCUGCAGUAUGCGACAGCGCACAUCGAUGCACAAAUACUUGUUCUACGGAACUUCAUCGCGUCGCUACAGCCAUCAGACUCGUCCGCCGCUCCAGGGUCGCCACCCAUCCACAUCUCAUCUCAGCAUCUCCGUACACUCCAUGCCGCCAAGCGUGAUGUCGUUGAAACGAUCCGACAAGUGGUGGAUAUUGUUAGCCGAUACGCUGGUGGCGCGCUUCCAGAACCGGCUCGUGCAAGUGUGCGAACAUUUAUCCUCCGCUUGCCUCGGCGGUGGGCAGAGGCGGCUGGAGUAGAUAGCCACAGCUCGUCUGCCACGGACGGGCGCCACCCUGGCGGCGCUGAUAGAGUGGAUAGUCGCCGCGCAAAUGCCAGCUCAGCCCCGUACAGCUACGGCCCAGGGGAGGCUGGUCCUUCGCCGCGGUCGCGACCGCCAUCGCGUGCGACGUCUCCAGGGCCCUCGAGGGCGCCUUCGCGCCGUUCAUCUUCGAACGGAGUUGCGGGCGCGGUGAGGCAUACAGCUGGAAAUGGAAGCGUCGCGCCGACCACUGCACAUGCGGCUAGUCAGGCGGCACAGCGUAUCUUGACGCUCGCGACGGAGAGCUUGGAUAUGCUCCGUGGUGUUACAGCGGUAGUGGGAGAAAGCUUAGACCGUGCUGAUGCAUGGGUCGAGAGAUUGCGAAUCAUAGGCCUUCAACGCCAGCAGAAUGGCGACGUAGAUGGGGAGGCGCCCGUCGCUCCAGAUGGCUUGCCGAGCAUGGCUAUGCCUCCAUCUGCAUCGCACUCAUCUCAUGAGCAUCAGCGGGACUUCCACACCCACCGACAGUCAUACGUGCAGUCUCCCUCUUCCCCUCUCUCGCCAUAUGCGCCGCUUUCGCCACUGGCAAGUGCGACCAGCUCAGGCCGCGCGACCCCGGUAUAUCCUCUUUCCCGCAGCAACUCCAGCUCUGCGCUGAGCGUCGGGCAUCCGGGCUCGCUCUCGAGCUACUACACCGCUAACACGUUUGAUACCGGUGGUGCCGCUGCGUCCCUCAACGCGCUUUCGCUCACGACCAGUUCUGCUGCGGGCUCGCGUUACGCGACGCCGAGGAGCAUUUCGAUCGGGCUUCCGCCGGAGGGUGACGGAGGUGGGGGAACUCAACUCGCUGGAGUCGGUGCCUUCGCGGCUGGCAGCAGGGGCGAGAAGAGGAGCGCGGAUGGAGAUGAUGACACUGUCGUUGCUGCCACGGCGCUCGCUGGGUUGGCGGGCUCCGCGAAGAGGGUGAAGCAGGAUCGUGGUGUGGAUGAGCGCAUGGAGGUAGAUUCAUGAAUUGCUAUGUGGCCGAUGGAAGAUGUGUUUGUGCUCCGGUCCGCUAUCAAAAUUUGUAGUGCUCUCUAUAUGGACUUCUGGUACUAAGUACGGUUGCCGUCUGUGCGUCUAUCUCAUCGUUGUAAUUGGUUAUGGUACUCUUGGAUGCUCUCUGACCGUCAGUCGCUGAUGUUUCAUUCAUUUGUAUGAUUUCUGGUCGAUUUUCGGCAUGUACAUACACCCGAAUCUUCUCUGCGACGUCAUUCCGGAAAUAUAUAUACAUGGAGGAGUAUAAGAUUGAUUUCUUCUGGCU